GCCUCAUCGUGAACACUGAUUCAAUAUGAACUUCGCCGUGAUUGUCGACGUUGUCCAAAAGAUUUUAGCAGAGCCCCUACCUCCAGAAAAGCAUCCCAUAUUGGCGCUUGCCAAAACCGAUGCAGAGCGACUACGUGUAAAGGAGCUCAAACUAAAGGCUGAUGAGAAUGCUUUCUCGAAAUUAGGCACUAUUUCGGAUGCGGAACGGCGCCUGUGGAUCCGCCAAGGGUAUAAGAAACCACUCGCGGCCGCUGGUCUCAGGCACUAUCAUCCUUGCCUCAACACUCGGCCCGUUAAAAGAAUUGCUUCUCAAGCGGAAGUAGAAUCCGAGCAUGCCCGUGAACGUCGCCUGCGCUCUCAAGCCACACGUGGUGUAGUGGCUCUGUUCAACGCGGUUCGUCAGCAUCAGUCUGCUUUGUCUAGCCAGCUAGAGAAUAGUAAUUUGUUGGAGACACAGAAGGAACGUAUUUUGACCCAGAUGACUACCUCUGAUUUCCUCGAUCGACUUUCUGCAGGGCUUCCGAAGAAGAAAAAGCUAGCCUCAGAUCCCAAUUCACAGACUAUAACUGUGAAACCAGAGCCGGACGAUGUACCAUCCCCAUCGCUCAACCGUGAUGUCCAUACUACCAAAAAGCGGGCUUUCAGAACCACCUUCGGUGUGAAGUCUAAGAAGAAGUCAGGUGCAGUCUAACUUCUUCAUACUUGUACAGAAUCGGGGAUUGAUGUAAUUAUUCACUUUUUGGAUGUCAGUUGAUCGCACACACCAUAAAUGUGUAUACCAAUGUCUGUGUUAUUCCUACCUUUCUAUAUCAUUGGAACUCUUUUUGCCUAGGAUGUUUUCUCGCAGUUGCUUUUGUGUAGACUGACAACUUGCGUCAAG